GAGAAAUGUGAGGCAAGAACUGACAGACAGCCGAAUUGUCCAGUAUUUAUUGACAUCCACUUCUUCACCAGUUUAAUUGUAAUUAAUUAAUUAUUGACAAUUAAUCGAUCCGUAUCCGGCUUUUGAUAAGAACUCUUCCCCCACCAAGCCGCCCCCAUUUUCGUCUCCAUUCCAUCAAAAACUUGCAGAAGUAUACUGUUCCGAAGACUUGACGUUCUCCUCCCCCCCAAUUUCGCCAAUCCUCCCGUCCUACCACAAUCGUUCGAUCCCCAUCAUUAAAAACAUUGCGGAAAGUGGACAACAACCCGGCGAAAGAACAAUGUCCUCUCAUUCUGACAAUGACAAUGGCGACGAAGAGUCCUUCAUCUCGUAUGACGCAUCAUUUCACGAGGAAGCCCUCCGAUACAUGAAAUCCACCGGAUUUAUGGCGCAGGUCAAGGGCGAAAUUUCCAAAUAUUUGUUCGACACGGUUAAAACGAGGUUGACCAGUUAUAUUAUUCCAGACCGCGCCGACAAAGAAAUCCUUUCUCAGAUUUACGAUUAUCUUCAGUGGGUCGGCAUGAAGAGUACGGCCGGCGUCCUGCUCUCCGAAACCCCGGUCGAAGUGACCCCGACAGAAAGGAACAGUGACGACGAAUCUCCUCCACCACUUGUCGACAUGUUUGCCUCUCUACGACAAAAAGAUGACAAGAAGUCGUCAAAUCUGGACAAUAAGUCACCAAAUCUCAAUGAUAAAUCGGCCGAUUUCGAUUUAACCUUCGACGACACCCUACCAAAUGAGCACAAAGAGGACAAAAUUAUCGAGCAAAUUCCCAAUGAAACGUUCACCUUACAAGAAGAACCGGAAACCAUCUUAAAAGAUGUCGAGACUCCGAUACCCCUCGUAAACAGGAAUCUUCUCCUCCCUCCUUCCGGCGAUCUCUUGACCGGUUCCCCACUCUCGACUCCGGUCGCCUCCAGCAUUACAAAACUCCCGAUCCGACCACAAAAAUCGCAAGAACAAGAAAAACCCACUUCCGGGGACAAAUUUCCUCUUUCUAUUUCUUCCUCCAAGAAGAAGGAAAGCUUUGAAGAUUUAUUACUUGCAUAUGUCGGAAAUGACGACACGAUGGAGGAGACUCCCACGAAAUCCGACAAAACUCUCCAGGACGAAUCAUCCCUCUUCAAGACGCCAGCAGGCGUAGGACCACCAUCAAAACCUUCAUCGGACAGUAAUCUGAUCGCGUUCACUACAUCGACACCAAUUAAUGACAAUGAUAAUACGCCAUCUCGCACGUGGGAGCAGCAGCAACAAGUCACGACGACGCCCUUAUCGACACCCUUAUCAUCCUCCCUGCCCACGACGGACAAAACGUUCACCAUUCUCAAGUCGGGGGGAGAACCGGAACGGAAUUUCUUCUCAAAACAGCAACCCCAUCACGAACAAGAACACGACGAAAGUCCGGAAUCCAGUUGGUCCUCGGCGUCGAUCUCGUUACCGAAGAAAUCUGAGUCGUCACCUCCUCCACCUCCAGUCGAACCAUCUUCACGCCCACCCCCACCACCGUCCGACGAAGAAGAAGACGAUGUCAAGUCGACUGACGGGAAAAAAUCCGCCGCCUCCACGUCCGACGUGGUUUCGCUGGAUCUCGAAGUGGACAACGACGACAUCACGCAGGACAUCUCGCUAGCUUCGGAUGCAAUUGGAAUGUCGGAAUGUGACCAUUUCGUCAACAUAAUCAAGUAAUUAUCUAAUUGAGUAAUUAAAAUUAUGCAGAAUGCUUAUUUAUGUAAUUUCAUCCGUCCAUUCCAUGAUUUUGUAUAACCUUUUUUUGUAAUUAUCAAAAUACAUGCAUAAAAAAUAUGGUGUUUUUUUAAAAUUAAUUUCCUUGUGAUAAACAAUUAAGUAUUAUUUACUUACUAAACUAAUGCGCUUAUCAUUAAUUAGUCAUAUGAAGUAUUUUACGACGGCGUGUUGUUUGUAAGAUUUCUUAUAUUUCUUAUUUACUGUGCACUUUUACAUACAAUCAAAAAAUUAAUAAACUAAUUAUCUGGAAUUUUUAUACGCC